AGAACUUUUGGAUAGCCCUAAGUAUUUCCGUGUCAUCAGCUACAGCAGCUAUAUCGUGUUUCACAUUUUAAUCCUGUAGGGAUUGCGCUAACAGCUUUUAUUUUAUUGCUCUUGAAAUUAAUGACUUGUUCUAUUGUUCGUUUGUAUUUCGCAAACAAUGACAUUUCUUUUAUUAUAAAAAAUGCAUAUCAUCACUAUGAGAAAGUAAAACAUGACAUGUUGUCCUUGCAUACGUCACUCUUACAAGGUUGUAAUCCAUUGGUAACUGGCGACAUAUAUAUACGUCAUGAGCUUGAUCAUCAUGUAAAGUGAAUGCAGUUACUUAUGAUACAUGUUUUAUGGAUGCAUUUGCGUAAAAAUAGUCGUCAAGCAGCAGGAACUUGCUAUAUCAUCAUAGUUUCCUACGAUAAGAAACGAAAAUCUGCGUGGUGUGCAGCCACUCUAUUUUACCUGUUUAUCUUUUGUCGGUAACCAACGAGUUAAAUAUGUUUUUUCUGCUUAAUUCUAUUUCAUUUUGAUUCUCCUAUCAUAAAGAAUAUUUCUUACAGUGCUUAUUAUUAAAAAGAAAGAAAUUUUACUUUUGGAUGAUACCAAUGAACUAUUUUGUUGUACUUUCCUUGUUUACAUGGAUGUAAGUAUUUAUUCAGCAUGUUUCUUCUUUUCUUCCUUCUAUCGUAUAUAUUUUCUUAACGAUGGUAGAUGAUCAUUUAUAUUUUUUCGUUUCUUUCUACAUACAUAAUCGAAAGUAGUUUAAAUACGACAACAAACCAGUUUAAUCAACAAGAUAUUAUCACAGUACGAGUGAGAUUAAUUGAAUAAACAAUUUAAUUUUCAGCUUUUUAAGUUGAGAACAAUUAUAUUAUUCUCACGUAGUGAAACAGGUGCAGUCAUUAUUUUCAAUGUUUCUGAUAUUGGUACAGAAAGUAUCUGAUAUUCAUCUUUUAAUAACUGUUUGAACUGCCAUUUUCUUUGCUAGAAAAUUAAUUAAAUCAAGAAAAAUAUUAAAAGUAACCAUGAGCUCUACAUAUUUAAGCAAUUAAAUUUGUACUGUUUAACAAAGAAGACAAGAUAUCUUGGUAGUACAAGAAACAUAAGGCAUUGAAGCUGCAAUAACAAUGGGGGAUAGAGAGAAGGUUGUGCAUGUGAAUAGAAAGAAAGAGACACUGUGAAAGUCGUAACGAGUUGAAAGAACUAAACUUCAUCAUAUUUCGAAAUUAACAAAUAAUUUCAUACCCUUUUCGUUUCAUUUUAGCGUCACUAAUGGAACUGGAUUAGGUAUGCAUGUUCAUGUUGCAACCCUGUUCAAUUCACGCAAAACCAUUGAUAAUCACAAAUCAACCAAUCUUAUAGCUAUUACUGAAAUAUAUGAUCCAUCAGUGAACCAAUGGACUACUACUGCAAGCAUGGCAACACCACGUGAAUAUCAUACUGCAACUCUGCUCAAUUCGGGCAAAGUUCUUGUCACCGGUGGCGAAGGAUACACCGGUUAUAUGGCCAAAUGUGAAAUAUAUGAUCCAUCAACUGGCCAAUGGCACGCUGCUGCGAGCAUGACAACACCACGUGCUUUUCAUACUGCAACCCUACUCAAUUCGGGCCAAGUUCUUGUCACUGGUGGCACCACCUUCUGGAUAAACACUGCUCUGAAUAGUUCUGAAAUAUAUGAUCCAUCCACGGAUAAGUGGAGCCCUACUGCAAACAUGGCAACAGCACGUUCUAGUCAUACUGCAACUCUACCCAAUUCUGGCAAAGUACUGGUUACUAGUAGUGCGGCUAGUUCAGAAAUAUAUGAUCCAUCAACGGGCCAAUGGAACGCUCCUACAAGCAUGGGCCCAACAGCGCGUUAUGAUUCUACUACAACCCUGCUCAAGUCGGGCCAAGUUCUUGUCACUGGUGGCGUCGAAUCAGCCAAUUAUCUGGCUAGUUCUGAAAUAUAUGAUCCAUCAACAGACCAAUGGGACACUAUUGCAAGCAUGGCAAUAGCACGUUCUAGUCAUACUGCAACUCUGCUCAAUUCGGGCCAAGUUCUUGUCACUGGUGGCGUAGGAGAUGCUUUGUUUUUGACUAGUUGUGAAAUAUAUGAUCCAUCAACGGGAAAAUGGCACAAUAUUACCAGCAUGACAGAAGAACGUUCUUCUCAUACUACAACCAUGCUCAAAUCAGACAAAAUUCUGGCCACUGCUGGUUACGGAUAUACUGGUUACCUGAAUAGUUCUGAAAUAUACGAUCCAACAACAGGUAAAUGGAAUCCUGCUGCAAGACUGUCCAUAACAGGUGCUUUUCAUACUGCAACUCUGCUUAAUUCAGGCAAAGUUCUUGUUACUGGUGGCGAAAAAAUUAACAGUUAUAUGAUUAUUGCCCAUCCAAAAAAGAAUAGCCUAUGA